CGAGCUAUAUUCACGUGCAAAAUUACAAAGCCAGCUGAUAAAGUGAUAGCUGAUCUCUCUGACUCGAUAGCAUUUAGACUGAACUGGAGCCGUGGUGUGUCGUUGUUUCACUGCCUGAAAUCCACAAUUUCAGAGUAUUUCAGUUGAUCAAUCUUCAUAAUUUUGUCGUGGUGUCAACUGACAAAUCAAGGCUGCUUUGUCAUUUUGACUUCCAACUUCCCAAAACAAAAACUAUCGCCGAUUGUUUAUUGUUAACAAUAAUAUUUAACAAACAUGGCUGCAGCGCAAGCAAAGAAACCAGAAAAGGAUCCCGUCAACAUUGUUCAUCAAAAUGCUAUCUUAUGUGAGACGAUUAAGAAGGAAAAUGAGUGCCAGAGAUUGUACACAAACUACAGUAUCAACCCUUUCAAAAAGAUGUAUACGCUGACUGGAAAGCCCAACUCAUUACAUGACUCGGCUGAUGGGGAAGAAGACGAUAAUUUCCUGAGGAUAAUCAAGAGAUCUACCCAGGAGCCUGGAAAGAAAUUUGAAUUUCCACAAACAGAAGCACAAGAAGUAGGCUGGUACUACAAACCAUUGCUCCCUCAAGAUCGUGGUGAUAAGAGGAUACACUACCCCAGACAGAAUACAGAGAUCACCAAAUAUAUGGACGAAGCGUGGAAGCAGAAAGAACAGCAAGAGAAUCUACAGUAGUAUGAUCGGGGAACAGUGGCAAUAUUGACUUGAAACUCAUUUAUAGUUUAUACUGUACAGUAUCUUGAUAUAUCCUGCGUACAACAUUUUUGUUAGUUAGUUGUCACUAAUUUAACAAAAACAGUUUUUGUCUUGUACUGCAUGUUAUUUGUAAAUUAAAAACAUAAUUUUGUAAGAAUGUGCUUGGGAUUUAUAAAGGUUGACAGAAAAUAGAAUGGGAUUGCUGCUCUGCCAAUCAAUUUACUAUGCAGUUUUUAAUACACAGAAGCGAUUCAGAUAUUAAGAUGAAGCAAAAUAUCUUAUUUGUCAUGUUACAGUAUUAAACAAAAAUGAUGCAAAAGGAGAGAAUUUGGGUCGCUAGAAGGAUAAUAUGCUCAUACAUGCUAAAUCCUCUCUAAAUUUCACUUUACCACGAUGUGAUCUCCAGUGCUUUCCACCACAAUCAAGAUGCAUAUGUGUUUGACAAGAGCAUAGACAUGCAUGUACAUUAGCUCUUGGUAAAAGUAAAGGUUCUUUCAGAUAUGACACGGUAAAUGGUCACAAGAAAAGAAGAAAAAACAGGGCCAGUUGUUUUAUAAAGUGGUUUUACUGGAUGAAACAAAGUUCCAGCGAGUAUUCACCGUAACAGAAAUGUGAAGCAUAUAAUACUUUACGUCACCGUUCUGCAGCAAGAUAUCAGAAUGAGGCUUAAGGGUGAAAGGCCAUUGUUUAUCACUCACUCCCUCCUCACAAUAGAUCACUUAUUUGUAUCUUAAUUUGCUACUGGUAUGUUAACUGCUCCAGUGCAGAUAAUGAAAGCAAAGAAACUAUGCAAUGUUUAAAUUGAAAGUAUUUAUUAGUGUGCUGAUAAGGUUCUCUGGUGUGCAAGCUGAGUUAGCAUUAGGACAGAAUGUCUGUAUAACUACAUGAUAGUAAAGUUACCAGGAUUGAGUUGUAGCUAGGCCCAGUCUGAUCUUGCAAAGAAUAGAUCAUAGAAAGGUCUUUUUGAGAAGAAAAAAUAGUGCAGUUCUUUUAUAAUGCUAUAGGACCUACAUGUAGCACAUAAUCUUGACUUCAACGUCUUCAUUCAGUUGAAAGAACCAGGAUGUACCCCCAAAUGGGUACCACACCUCUUUUCUAUUAUUCUUCCAGCAGGCACAAAAGUACCAAAGUGUGCAAAAUGCCAUGGCCUUGUAAUGUUAUGCAAAUCAAUAUACUGUGUGAUUUAGAGUGUUGAGCUGCUUCUUAGUAUAUCUACAUGUAUGCAAUAUAACUGCUAUGCCUUCAAUAUAUUCAGCACUGCACUUCCUUAUUAAAUGUACCUAUAUAUGCAUGUACUUGUAUAAUACACUUGUAUGAUAUCUUUCAAGUUGACAUGCAAGGCAAUAUUCUUGCUGCCUAAAAUGGCAAAGUAUUAUUUGGAUUAGGCGAUGCAAAUGGCGUACUAUGCUACAUGCGUUUCUUUUAAUUAUCUUUUUAAUGGGAGGCAACAUUGUUUUGUAUACUUCUGGCAGUUGACAUUGUUUUGUAUCUGUUACACUUCUGUGAAAAUGGCAAAUACAUGUACAUCUCAUGUUAACAUAGACCUUCUGUCACUCAGACAAUAUCUUCCAUUGUGUCUAUAAACAAAAAUCAGUCUUUAAUCAUUUUGUUCCUGACGACUUACUGAACACAUGUUAUAUCAAAGGAAUAUCUUUUAUUGUUAUUUGGUUAUCUCAUUUGUUUGUAUUUCGAUAACGCAGUGUUCAGGAAAUGUACUCGAUGCUAAAAUACCAGCUAUGCAAGAAAAUCUGGAGAAAAAAAUUAAAAAUUGAUACUCUUUCCAGAAAAAAAGUUCAUUUAUUUGAAUAAAUAAAGAUGAAUUUCCACUUUCACUAGGAAGUACACAUAAACAUUAACAAUAAUACAUGUAUUUUUUUUCUUUCUCUCCAGAUUCAUGGGAAAUUGUACACAUGUGUAUAUAAAUUGUAUAUAUUGUUUAUAUUAAAAACCAAAAUUAUCAAUUA